AUGGCACGAAGCUGUGCACCACCAGACGGCUACCUGCAGAUGGUCAAGGGGCAACACGAAAACAGUCGCGUCGAGAUUGUUUUGUUUUGUUUUCUUCUCAUCUUGCAUCUCCUCGCCGUGCCGCUACUUGAGUACGACCCGACGGACAUUUCUCCGAACCCGUGUCUAAGCCUCCUUGGCAGGCAGGUGGGAAUCUCAGACGCGCUGCACGUACCUGAACAAGCGAAUAGCUUCUCCGUAUACACCCACCCGUUUACAAGGGCCCCAGUUAUCAUGGGAACAUCACCAGCGUUCCAUCAGCAGAGAGUCUCCAACCAUCUCAAGAUGGACAUGGAUAAGCUCAAAGCUAUCUUUCCUAGCGACUCAAAGUACUUCUGGAAGGAGCUUUCCUUGCUGUCUAACGAGCAUCGAGACUGGCAUACGGUGUCGGAGGCGCUCAACGAGGCACAGAACCGUCGUUGCCAAGAGAAGAGACGAGGCGUGUCCACAGCGAGGAAAUGGUUGCCCCAAGAUGCCAAAGAAGCCAAAAGAGUCCUUGACGCCGGGAGCACAUUCGUCCUGCCUCUUCACAUCAACGAAAAACCCAAGCCUGGUGUAACCGGGUCACCCCCUUUGGCCGAUGAACUCCCUGCCCCUGUCAAGCCCAGUACGCACAUCCUCUGGUGCGGCGUCCCAACAGUUAAGGAUAUGAGCGUGCAUGGUGAAAGUGCUCUAAUCUCCCUCCCUGUCGCUUCUGUUGCAGUGAAAGCUAGUAACCCAGACUCCCAUCUGCGUUGCUUCUCAGAGGAGCGGCUUGAGGUCCUUGAACAAACCCUCGGCCGUGGUUUCGUCUCAACUGAUCAAGAAGGGUGCGCUAUUGUCCACCAAGACUUGGCGACUGUACUUUGCGCUGAGCAUACUGGCAUUGUCACCGCUGAACUUCACAACUGGAACUGGUUUCGUCAGAUGCUCACGACGGGCGAAUUGAAGGAUCAUGUCGAAGCCAUUGAAGCUGACCAAGUCGUCAUCUUUGUCGCCUACACCGGUGCAGAGUGGACAGAGAAUGGACUUGAGCAGUUCUACCGGGACAUGGAACCCCUCUGCGCCAUCCUUCCCCAUCUGAGGUUGUACCCCAGCCACGAUGAGUUCAUGGCUGUCAAUCUCAAGUUCCCGGACAUCGCAGCCAUGGACCGUAUCGCCAAAACAGCCCCGCCACUACAACCUGAGCCUGAAAAGGAUGAGCCUCGUGCGAGAUGGUUUCACAUGGAGUAUGUCCCCACCUUCAAGACGGUGGGCGAAUACAGAGUUCAUCUCUGUGGCGACAAUGCGGUUUCGAUCGGCAUUUCCAAGUUUGUCAGAGACAAGCUUGAAGUUCGGUCUGUCAGCGACGACGAUUUCGCGUGGUUCUCCAAGUCGCAGGAAGAGCAACAGAAGAAGCGGCAAGAACUUUGCGACUUUGCUCGCUAUCAGAGAAAGAAGUUGCUCGAGCAACCAAAUGCCGACAAGGCUUUUGAGUCUCUCCGCGUUGGUGUGAGGAUUGACAUUGGUGUCUCGGAGGAGUCGCCUGAGGGUCGGUUCUUUGGCCUGGAGCUUACGCGUUGGUGGAACGCAAAUCACAUGCCUGCCUUCGUGCUACCCGAUCCUUACACGGAGGCUUCGUUGAAAUAUGGUAGGGCUUUGGCGAUGGAGUUGACUGGUCGCCGCUAA